UGGCGGAGGCCGAGAGGGGCAGGCGGCUCGCUGGGAGCCCGUGGAGGGGCGCCCCCCCGCCGGCCGGGGCAGGUGGUGCAGUCCGGGAAGAUGGCAGAUGGAUACAUUGUGGCAGACUUAUCUUCUAGACUUGGAUACCAGUAAUGCCGUUCCCACCUGAACACAUGAUAAUCAUAUGACUUUCAAAGCACUUGUAAGAUGAACAUUUGCCAUAGCAGAUGCCUAGAGGAAGAGGUGACCUUCUAAGCAGCAAGAUGAGUGAAUGGCAAAGGAUUUUUGUGCAAAAUCUGACUGUUCCUCCACACUCCCAAAGGAGACGACAUCUCCCGAGGGAAUCAAUGGCAUUUCAGUGUGUCCUGAAGUAUGUUGAGGGGAAUUUAAUUAAGCAGAGAGUGCUAGAAAGCUUGUCAGAGGUUGAAUACCAGCUUCGCCUGUCCCUCUUUGACAUCACAUAUCAUCAUUUCUUCGGGAGAACAUGGAAAAGUACCACAAGACCUCUCAAAGUUGUGCCAGGACAGCCACGCAAAGUGGUUUUCAAUGAGACCAUUUAUUUUCACACAUCUUUAAACCACCCCAGCAUCGUUGCGGUGGUGGAAGUGGUGGCUGCGGCCAAGAAGCGAGAAGGGACCCACCAGGAUCUGUCUUGUGGGUUUGGAAUUCUGCACCUGUUCAGCAGCAAGUCAGGACCAACUGAUGUGGCCACAAAGGACGGAGAGCUCAAGCUGUAUCAUGGGACACCGCGAGCGCUCCUGCACCCCCUCCUCCAGGACCCAAUGGAACAGAAUAAACACAUGACGGUGAUAGAGAACACUCACCUUCAGUACACCUUAAGGCCACACCCGCCCCUCGAGACCAUGUAUCACCUCUUCCCUGAGAAUAUGCUGGUGUCUGGGCUGCAGAAAAUUCCUGGUUUGCUGCUAACACAUGGAGAAACAAAUGAUUUCUUUCGAAAACCCCACCUCAUGAAAUCAGUCACAUUGUACUUGGAUAAGCUGUCCAUUCAUUUGUACCCUUCAUUAGAAAAGUUUGAGGAAGAGCUGCUGGAUUUACUCAACAGUGAGCGUUUACUUAAGGAUAGCUCCAUGGUGGACGGGAGCGAAGUUCUCAUUCAGGAACGGCGGCUGCACAUCGGGGUCCACAAUGGCUUAUGCUUCGUUCAGACGCCUCAGGUGGUGGUGGUGGUGCCAGAGGCCGAGGUGGCUCGGGGGCGCUCAGCCAGCUUCCACAGGAAACAAGACCUCAGCGCCAAACCCAGCAUGGUAGGUCAAGCUCUGGUUUUGAGAAGCCGCAUUCGUUUGACAGAGAUGGUCCGUCACCCAGCAUUCGCAAUCAUCUUCCAGCUGGAGUAUGUCUUCUGUGCACCAAGCAGAGCCGACAGGAAGGCAUUGUCCAUUUCCUCUUUGACGAAAGCAGCCUAUAUGCAUUCCAUCCGAUGGACUGUUUGGAAUCCUGUGCUGGACUCGAGUUCCACGGACGUGAUCUUACCACUGCAAGGAAGCGCCCAGCAUAACCCCAGCCAUGUGUUAGUUUACAAGAUGCCCCCCACCAGCAUGAGCUCUGCAGAGGUGAAGCAGGUUGAGUCUGGCACAGUCCAGUUCCAGUUUUCCACUGAUUCGGAGGAACAUCUUGGGACUUCUACAAAUUCCUUAAGUAACACCAGAGAAGAGCCGCGAUGCUCAGCGAAGCCGUCCACACCAUUUCUGAGUGCACCAUCUUCACCCCAGAUGUUGGUUUCCACUCAAGACUAUCCCCAAGGACCUGGGUUGUCGAUAUCCCAGUUGUCUGCAUCACCCCAUUCUCCUCCUGUAAACCACUCAUCCAAACCCCCGUUGCAACGGCAAACUGGCUCUCCAGUCCUCCUCUCCCCUGGGAUGCGCCGACGUGAACGUGCACAGGAGCUCCCAUAUGGAGGCAGCAGCCGUGGCAUAACGCACCUGGAGGCUGACCUCAGCCCCAGCUACUUGAUCCUGGAUUCCUCUGCAGGUGACGAGCUGCAGGAGCUGCCAUUCACUCCCGUGCACGCGCCGAUUGUUGCCAUGGGAGCACAGACUGGAAGCUCUAGCACUGUCCUCACUCGGGCCUCUCUAUCUCGCUUGCAUGCUGCUGGCUUUCCGGAAAUCCUGGAUUGUAACAAGGAGCCAGCAGAAGUUGUGGACCCCGCAGACCCUGUGGACUUCAACCCUCAAAGGGAAGAAGCUGACUUCUUGCAAAGCAAUGAAAUCAUUUUGCAGUUCCUUGCCUUCACCAGGAUCCCACAGGAUGGCAUGGGGACAACAUGGCCAAAGACUAUGUAUUUCACCUUCCAGUUUUACCGUUUCCCACCGGUCACAACACCACGAUUGCAGCUGGUGAAGAUGGACCGGUCUGGGACAGCCAGUUCAGAUGCAUCUUCCCAUACCUUAUUCCAGAUCAACAAAGACGGAACCCUCAAGAGCGGAUCUCCAGGGUUGCAGCUAAAGUAUAUGGUGGAUCCUGGUUUCCUGAAGCCAGGAGAACAACGCUGGUUUAUACGUUAUAUAGCUGACCAUAACCUACAGAUUGAUAUUUGGGAUGGAGAUUCUUUGCUCCUCAUUGGAUCUGCUGCAGUUAAGCUGAAGCACUUGCUUCGCCAGGGUCGGACAGCAGUUCAGGUCCAUCAUGAGCUGGAGGUGAUGACAACCGAAUACGAGCAGGACACAACAGUAACGAGUGGGGACGUUCUCAGACACGGCACUGUGAAGCCCAUAGGAGUCUACGUUGUUGUGAAAGGCCGACUUCACCUGAGUUUGGCCAACGUUGGUCACCUAUGUGAGCAGAGGCUGAAGAAAUCAAACUCCUUGCCACCCCCGCGCUCUCGCAUUGUCUCUUCGCAUGAUGGGACCAGCAGCUUCCAAGGAGGCAGCCUGCUCUCUCUCAAUACUCCUGGGGCUAAGAACGUGUCCCAAGCCCAGAAGCUGGCGGACGUGGACAGCGAGCUGGCUGCCAUGCUGUUCAGCCGCCUGCAGGAAGUGAGCACGGCCUUCCAGCACGCCAGCCGCGAGGCCAGCGCCAGCCGCAGGCGGAAGCUGGAGAGGAUGAUGAUGGUGCGACAGCUCGAAGCCCAGGAGGAUGUCAGCGGGAGGAGAGCAAGCCUCAUGGGCCGGCGUGAGGAGCGCAUCCAGCACUCCAGGGACCUACAGAUUAUUGAUGCCUACCGGGAGCGCAUCAAGGCCGAGAGCAUCUCCAGCAUGCUGAGUCAGGCCAUCACCACCAACUACACGCUCUAUGCCACGCUGGGCACCGCAGAGUUCUUUGAGUUUGCCCUGAGAAACCCAUACAACGUCCAGCACACAGUGACGAUUGAGAUCGACCACCCUGAGCUGAGUGUUAUUGUGGACAGUAGGGAGUGGAGACACUUCAAAGAGCUGACCCAAACAAUGACUACUCCAGUAGAAGAGGACAUGUUCCAUCUUCAGGACAACCUCAUGCCUCAGGUCUACCUGCGCCCCAAAGAGACCAUUCACAUUCCAUUUAAAUACCAGACCUUCUCUAUAGACCACGCUGUCAUGAUGCAGCAGGGCCCUGCUGAGCUGAGGUUCAAUAAAGGCACAGAAGCUGCACCACCCUGGAAGUCCAGUGCCAUGCUGACAAAACGCAUCAAGAUCUCCUUUAAGGCAAGUGGUGACAAACCCAUUGCAAUUCUCAGUGUUAAUGUGGAGCCUCAGCCCCACGUGGUGGAUCAGACAUUCCGAUUCUAUCAUCCGGAGCUCACCUUCCUGAAGAAGUCCAUACGGUUACCUCCAUGGUACACCUUGCCAGGUGCCCCAGCAGGAAUGCCAGGUGGGGAACCGGAGAUGUACGUCCGCUGCAGUGACCCCAACAUCAUUUGUGAAACAAAAAAAAUGGGUCCUGGGGAGCCACAGGAUGUGUUCUUAAAAGUAGCUGGAGGACCAAGCCCACAGAUCAAAAAAUUCUUUGUUGCUAUUUACACGGAUGCCUGGCUUGCUGCACCCAUUCAGAUCUGGCAAUUUUACCUUCACUCGCUGCAACGUGUGGAUGUUAGCUGCAUAACUGGCCAGCUGACCCGCCUUUCCUUGGUUCUCAGGGGCACCCAAACGAUCAGGAAAGUGAGAGCUUAUACCUCCCACACACAGGAGCUGAAGGUGGAUCCCAAAGGUGUGUUUAUUCUCCCUCCGAACGGGGUCCAGGACCUGCAUAUCGGUGUGAGGCCUCAGAAAGCUGGCAGCAGAUUUGUUUACCUCAAUCUGGUGGAUGUGGAGUACCACCAGCUUGUUUCGUCCUGGCUGGUGUGUGUCUCCUGCCGACAGCCUGUCAUUUCUAAGGCAUUUGAAAUAACGCUCCCUGCCGGCGGAGGGAAAGGCUCCAACAAGCGGAUCACAUACACGAACCCGUAUCCCUCCAGGAGGAUGUACUUCCUGCAUACCAACCGAGCUGACCUGCUGCAGUUCAAGGAGGAUUCCUUUGAGAUUGGAGGAGGGGAGACGUACACUAUUGGCUUGCGGUUUGCACCAAGCCAGAGCACCGGGCAGGAGGAGAUUCUGAUUUAUAUCAAUGACCAUGAAGACAAGAAUGAAGAAACUUUCUGUGUGAAGGUUGCCUAUCAAUAAAGAGGAGGCUUUGCCUGCGGGUCAGUAGAAUGACGUGUUCCUGGAGCAUCUGUCAAAGCUUUUAUCUUACUCCACCUACCAAGCGACAUAGUCCUGUUGUUACCAGCUUUAGAGAGUUUUCCCUCCAUAGAUUUUCUGGUUCUGAAUUUCCUUGACAAUGUUUGUUUGCAGACAGAAAACCGAGUGAGCUGCUCUGUGAACCUCGCCCACAUGCUGGCAGGAUGUGUUUCCUUCCUGUUUGCAGUUUGCCUCUAUUUAAUCAAGCCAUGGACAAGUCACUAUGAUUUAUUGUCUGACUGAAUUCUUGGCACAUCAACAUGACCGCCAAUGAUGUAACAUAGCCAUAUUUGUUCUACUUAAAAUGGUAAAUGAAUCCCUAUGUAUUUAUACCAUAUGCCACAGUCCAGACGAUUGUCACUAUUUCUGUUAUCCUUUGCUGAGCCGUGGGCUUGUUUGGAUUUUUAUUUUUUAAAUUCUUUUUUAACAGAUUUUAAAAAGCUGCAUUUCCAGAAUGUGUUUGUUUUAAGUGUUUUGUUUUUUGAACUGUAUUUUGUACACAAAGAUGACAAUUUUAUGGUACUUUACUCAUUCUAGUUCAUCUAAAUUGUUGCACAGAGCUCAAAGAGUGCAGCACAGAGUUUUCUGUUACAAGGCUUUUGUUUGCCAGUAGCUCCCCAUUGCAUGCUGGAGCAAGCAGCUGGGUUGUCCUUCCUCUCGCUAAUCCCUUUAAGUGACAGAUCAGAAGAUCUCCACAAUCCACCCCUGCAUUUCUAUGAACUGUCCCGGGGGCUAGAAGGGCUCAGCAGGUUCUGUGUGUGAUUUCAAAUCACUCAGUCAGCUCAGAAUUCGUGCAUUAUUUGAAUUGACAGAAGAUAAUCUCUUCUAAAGGUGAGUACUAGAGAUGUCAAAAUUGUCUGACGCUGGAAUUUCAUUUAAUCUAUGAGCACACAGCAUCCAAAUCUGGUAUUGGUUUCAGAGUAGGGGACCCUUGCAGAUCUCAGGCAAAGGUGGGAACUGGAAAGCAUGAAAUCAGGCGAUACAGUACAUGUAGGAAUAAAGAGAUGAAUUAUGGCCACAGGUCAAGGGGUAGAAUUGGGCUAACUCUGCUUAGUAUUAAAAAUCAAGUCAAAGGGAGUUAACUGAGAGGGUUGAAAAUGGACAAGAUCACCCCUUGGGCACUGUCUCAGCCACAGGUGAGGGAGUGGUAGACAAGUGGCUGAUGAAUUUGCAGUGGCCUGUGUGAAACAAGUGGGUAAUCUCAGUCCAUUUCCCAGUGCACAGAUAACAGCCUCACAGGUAGACCCCUUGCUGGCAAUCUCAGCAGGGAGGCCAUGAGGAGGAACUGCCCUUUCACCUGCUGAGAUUGUCCCAUCAGAACACUCAGGCAUGUGAUGGGGCAGUGUCUGGGGAGAUUGUGAAGACCAUGCGCACCUCUGUGUUAUAGGCUGCCACUCUUCAGUAUUAUAUUGCCUUUUGCCUCUGGAGUCUAUGCCAACAAUUCAUGCUCCCUCAUCCCCAUUGUCAAUGUAGCAUCAGGCAAGGUGCCACACCUUGCCUAAAGCCAUAUCUCCCUGCCACAUACCAUACCUAAUUAGCACAAACAACGUUAAUAGAGCACACACUAAGUGGAUUAGGAACUGGCUAACUGAUAGACUUCAAAAAGUAGACUAACCUAGGCCCAUUCAAUUAAAAUGUAUUUUAAUACAGCCACGUGCAAAGUUACACAUCUAGAACAAGGAAUACAGGCCACACCUACAGAUUGGCGACCGUAUCCUGGAAAGCAGUUACUCCGAAAGGGAUUUAGGGGUCAUUGCAGACACACAACUGAACACGAGCUGUGGCACAAGGGCUAACGUGAUCCUUGACUGUAUGAACAGGAGGAUAGCGAGCAGGAAGGCGAUACAGCAGUAUUGAGACUGGAAUGCCAAGCCCCGUUCUGGUGUCCACACUGUAAAAAAGAUGUUGAAAAAUUAGAGUGGGUGCAGAGAAGAGCUACAAAAAUGAUUCGAGGGCUGGAGAAAAUCCUUACAGUUAGAAAGUUAAAGAGCUCGAUCUGUUUAACAUCUAAAAUGAAGAUGGAGAGGUGAUGUGAUAGUGUAUUAGUGCCCUUGGAACAAGUACCAAGAGAAGUGGUAAAUAACCAGGCACAUCUUUUGAUGUCUCCAAAUAAAGACUGGAUGCCUUUCUGGAAGAUCUGCUUUAGUCAAACACAAAUUACUGGGUUCAAUACAGGGGUAACUGGGCAAAAUUUAAUCCCGUGAUAUUCAGGAGACCAAACUAGAUGAUUUAAUGGGGCUCUUCUGGCAUUAAACUCUGAAUCUAUGGGAAAACCUGCUGUUGCAGGUCUCUUCACUGUUCUUCACAUUAUCAGCCGUCUUUCGUUGGAAACCAGACAAAAUACCCUCUUAACUUUCCAGGAGGGCAGCCCCGGCUGGUAUUGUGUUCAAAGCUGCACAGAUAUGAUCAUCUAUUCAUAUUGUCAAUGGAAAUUAAUUGGGAAUGAAUGCCUAGUUGCCAGGAGAUACUGCACUGUGACAAUGCUGUGUGACUGCUGCAUGCAGACAGCACAGUGGGAGGGGGAAUUAAGGACAAACCGAAUACAGAACUGUGAAGGACAUCCAAUGAAUAGAAAAAACACAGGCAGAGGUUUUCAACAACCGAUUGUGAGCAGAAGAUCUGAAUUCUCUUUGCAUUAGGUCUAAUUCAUUCUGGAGGACUGUCCAAGCAGGCCUGUGAAAAAGAUUCCUUAUUAUUUUUAACUGGAUUUAAACAAACAAUUAUAUUUGUAUAGGCCACAGUGGAUGAAAAACUGGUUGCCGUUUCCAUUUGGGGGCAUAGUUGAUGAUUAUUUUUGUGAAAAAUUAUGAAAAGUUUUUUUUGCAAAAUUUGUCCGCAUUUUCCCAAUCAGCUCUAGAUGUGGGUUAUUGUGUGAUAAUAGGUAAUACUGAGUAGACUUCAAACAAGCAUCCUCAUUUCUGGAAAGUUUUAGAUAAAUUUUCAAGCGUGUGGUAAGAGCUUUUUGCCAGAUUUGCUGUGCUUUCUGUUUUUGUACAGCUUAAAAAUACUCUGCAAACAUUCUUCCUUGUAGGUUUCUGGUCCAGGACAAUAAUACUUUGCACUUCCAUAUGCCUUGCAUUUGCAGAUCUAAAGUUGCUUUACAAACCUUCAGCCCUAUAAUACCCCUGUGUUAUAGGUCAGUAUUACUGCCUCCAUUUUUACAGGGAAACUGAGGCACAAUGGUUCAGCAAUGCAGAGCUUCUGUGCUUUCUGCAAUACAGUAUGAUAAGAAAGUUGAGAAGUUGCACAGAUCUGAACACCUGCAGCCUCUGUAGAGGACACUAAAUAUCUAAGUACCUGUCAGAGUUGGUCCUGAAAUACCUCCCCAGAACAGCAGCAUUUGGGAACAUUCUGUAUGCAGCUCCAACAUUCUUCACCCGAAUCCUCCCCCAUGGAUAGAUGGGUAAGCUAAGCACUUUGCCUCCUAUUACCUUAAUUGCCUCCAAACCUGUCAGCCUGUGAUGUUCAAACUGCUGUAUUUUCACCCCCACAGAAACCCCUUUUGGCAGUUCUACCUGUUACGCACAAUCCACAAUGGAUUUGAUUAAACCUGCUCAUUGAUAUGUUGCACUGUACUGAACAGA